UAUGCUAUCUGAUGCCAUAGAUGAUGCUCCUGUAUAAGAAACAGGUUGCUACUGGAGGAACAACAGAGAGAAACUGAGGACAGAAAGGAAAGACAAACAACAAGUUGUGAAAUAGACGGUAACUGUGGUAAUUUUUGGACUUAUGAAAGAUGGAUGAAUGAGAAUAUGGGAAUAAGGAAGAAACAUGCGCAGAGCAGAAUGAAGAGGACAAGUCUCCAUAGGACCCUAGGAUACAUAUAUAAUUGCGGACAAGCGUAAAAAGACUACAGAUGCUUUUGAGAAGCAUCAGGAGGAUGAAUGACCUUUGCUUAGAGGGGAGGUGGAGAUGGAAACCUUAUUUUCUUCUCACCAUCUUGCUUUUGUUGCUGAGAGCUGCUCCUACAGCACUUGGCUAUUUCCUGGGAGACACUAAAGCAGUAUUAAAUGGUUGUAAAGACCACUGGACCCUGCAGGACAGGGCAGCCGUGCCCCUCCUUUAUGAGAUGACCAUAUGUGUGGACAUUCGUGUGGUCCUCCCUGGUGCUUGGGUGGCCUUCUCUUACCACUCAGUCUUCGCACCCAGGCCCGAGUUAGGCCUGGAGGGAGAUGAAAGGGCACUGUACGGAUGGCUACUAGGAGUGCGACACCAAUUUCCUCUCCAGCUGUCCCCAACGCAUUGGCACAGGGUGUGUCUAAGGAGGGAUGUAAAGGGCAACACUUUUAGUCUGGAGGUUGAUGGGGACAUUAUAGCAGAGAGGACCGCCAUCGCUCAGGCCAUCCCCUCCUACGGCUCUCUGUGGCUGGGCUGUCGUCCCAGAGAUCCACCCCCAGGACCUAAUCUCGGAAAUGUGGAGCUGUACUUGUUCCGCAUGUGGGCAGACUUGGGUGCUCAUGGGCCCUGCGAGGAUGGCACUGUGAUUGGCUGGAAUGCCAAAUACUGGGGAGUGACCAGUCCCAGCGCAAGGCAAAUAGACCCUAGCCUUAUGUGUGAGCAGAAUCUGAGAUUCAUCACAUCAGGCACCCAGACCGCCCUCUCCCAAACCACCUCCUCCAGCAUUUUCUACCGGGUCUGCCCCGGGGCGUCCUCCCAGUGGAACAUGCUCAGAACACCUCCCCCAUGCAGCAUCACUGUCAGAGGCCUGAACCACCACAACUGGGUGUCAAAAGCAUUUGGUUGUCACAAUGACAGUGUUGGUGCAGCAGAAGGAAAAACAGGCUCUUUAAAUUUCUGUCAGGGUGACAGACAACUUCAGGUAGUUGAAGUGUCCUGUAGUGCAAAAAGGAACAUAAGCCAAACUGCCUGCAAUGUGGUGCUGCUGCUCAACCAUGCUGUCUCAGUGUGUGAACUUCAACAAGCUGGAGACGCUGGACUGCAGCAAGCGAGAAUCAUAGGGGAGAUGGAGAGAGUCGGUCGAAAUCUGUGUAAGGAUGCAGAGCCCUCUAGUGGCGGUUUUGUGAGAUGCAAUUCCACGUCUUCUCUUGACGAUAUCUGUCAGUCAAAUAAAUCCUCUCCACUAACAUGCUUCCUCUUAGAGCCCAACUCCAACCCGGCUCCUAAAUUGAAGAAUGACUCUUGUAGCAGGGAAAUGCCUCGCUACUGUGAUUGCACAGCUUUCUGUAAUUCUACACGCCAAUUUUAUGCUUUUAGAAUCAAUGUUACUAGUGAAGCUGUUAACAUUCAGUCCCUAAAAAGCUUGUUACUAAGUCCUGCAUGUCCCACAAAUUCACAGUGCAGUAAUUAUAAUAUUACAAAGCAAUAUCAGGGUGCUCAUAUAGAAUGUCAUGGGACAAACCAGAGGUUGUACAGCUGUAUGGUGAUAUUGGAGAUGUCUGGACCCGUCAAUGUUUGCUCCUUAAAAAACCUUAUGCAAAAUAUCAUUGCGAGGAACAAUUUAUUUACAGCCGAAAGUUCGCUUACUCGCCUGAUGGUGUGUGGUGCUCCUGGUUUGCCUGUCCAGAGACUGUUGGAAUCCAACCUGACCUGGGUUGCCAGUGACCUGCGGAGCUCAGAUGUUUGUCAACCUGACCCUACACUACUUGCAUGUCAAGCAAGUGAGACACUUGCUGUUCUUCUGACUGACAGCUGCCCUUCAGACACUUCAGCUGUUCCAACCACAACACAACUUUCAACUCUGGCCAACGGCAUUACUACAGCUAUGCAAUCUUUGACUGAUACCACCAAAUCGUUGACCAAUACGAGUGGAGAUAUUUAUGCAACAAUUGAAAAUACAGUGCAAAAAAAAGAAAACACAACAUUUUUUCAAACAACUGCCAGUGCAAAGUCCCCAACACCACAACCUGUUCUUCAGAAUAGCUCACAAAUAGUUCCUUCAACUGUUGCUUAA